GGGGCGGCGGGCGCGACUGGGCCCGGCAUGCGGGCGGGCGGCGGGGUGGCGGCCGCGGCCGCGGGGCUGCUGGGGGCGGCGGCGGCCGCCGCGGCGAAGCUGGCGCUGGGGCCGGGCGGGCAGGCGGCCGGAGGCUGGCUGCCUGUGCUGCUUCGUAUCGGCUGUGUUGGCUUGGUGUUUGCGUGCAAUGCCGUGAUGUGGACGGUCUUUGCAAAAGCCCUGCGACUCUCCUCCUCCUCAGCCGCUGCCUCUGUGACAACGACAGCCUCCAACUUCAUCUCUUCGGCCAUGCUGGGCAAGCUUCUCUUCGGGGAGACGUGGACGCCUCUGUGGUGGGUCGGCCUCACCGUGACGCUCUGUGGCCUCGUGCUGCUGCACACAGCUGCGCCCCAGCCAGCGUGGCUCCCAGCAGAGAAGAAGGAGGCGUGAUGGCUGUCGGAGGGGGCACAGUGCCAUGCUACCCCUUGCCCUGAGCCAGCCUACUUCCGGCCAUGGACUUGCUAACCCUGCUUACCUGCUGAUCUGCCAACUUGCAAAGUCACGCUGGCCGCAUCUUUCCCGGCAGUGGUGUGGUGGCAGUGACAGCCUCAGAGGGAGCUGGUCCGCUCUGAGUCAGUAUUUUGGAAAUCAGGGCCAGAGGCUUAUCAGCCACUCCCCCUUUUCACACCCUGCGGCUGCAGAGCUUUCCCAGUUCAGGGAAGGCUGAAAGUAAACAUGGUGGCUGUAGAAGGUUCCUGUGCAUCAGUACUUUUCCAUAAAAGGACCCUUCCCGAAAUAGAAAAGCAAUCAGAAGUAGACACUGAGGGCAGAUAAUACUUCUUCUCUGCUGUUUCUGACUUUCCUCUCUGCCUCUUGAAAUGGCCCCGUACCUGCCCUAAGGUCCUGCUGCCUGGAAGGCUGUGGAGCCUUUCAUUAAUUCCUUCAGCUUCCCCUGUCAGUCACAUAUACCUUUUAAUUUGCCAUUUGUAUCUGUGGCCUGUAAUUGCCGCUUACCCAUUCCCGACAUGUUACUCACUGUAAAGUUGCUGCUCUUUCCUUUAAACUUAACCAGGAUGGGGUUUUAAAUCACCAUCCAGGGUUUGUGUAGAUGAAACUGUAGUUUUGGGAGAAUACAACAGGCUGCAUGUGAACAGGCAGCUGCUUUCACUGAGUGUCCAUGUUCAACACCCUCCCCCCGACUUGCUGAAGUUGGCAAUUUUGUUAACAUUUGGUAAAAUGGAGUCGUAAACAAUGUUUUUUUUACACCUCUGGA